AUGAGUUCCUUCCUCAAAGCCAUACUGUUCUUCACCACUCACCAGCAAGGCCUCUGCUAGCUCUAUAAAAGGGACAAGUGUCCUGCACGUUUCCAAAUCCCGACUCAACCCUUCUCUCAACUCUAUCGUUUUGCCGCGUUUCUGCUGCUAGGCUAUAUAUCUCUUAAACCCCCAACAAAAACAAAUAUUUUUCUUCAAAACUUUUGCAACAAUGGCUACUCUAAGAUCAAGGCCGUGGAGUGAUUACAACACAAGCCAUGGCCACGAAGCUUGGUCUUCUUCAUGUCCCUGCAAACCCGGAAUUCCCAAUUACAGUUUGAACUUGAAGAAUCUGAGAUUUGGGACAACCGGGUUGGCUCAUCUGUGGCAGAAAAUGGGAAAGAAAUCAAGAGAAAAGUACUUGGUAGCUCAAGGGUACGGUUCAGAAAGUCGUGAAGCUUAUGUUAUUUCCGACCAAGACAAGAGAUUUGUGAACGCUCUCCGGGAAGUUCAGCCGUAUAUUUUCCUCAACAGAGGCCGGACAUUUGUCGUGGUGGUCUCCGGCGAGAUUGUUGCUAGUCCUUACUUCGAUGCCAUACUUCAGGAUAUUGCUUUUCUUCAUCACCUGGGGAUCAAGUUUGUUCUUGUUCCAGGGACCCAUGUCGAAAUCGAUACCCUUUUGGCUCAGAGAAGCAAGAGUCCAAAGUUUGCUGGUCAGUAUAGAGUGACUGACUCAGAUUCUCUAACAGCAGCAAAGGAAGCUGCUGGGAAGAUUUCUAUGGAUAUAGAGGCAAAGCUUUCGCCCGGACCCUCCAUAUGCAAUAUUCGUCGGCAUGGUGACAGUAGUCGUUGGCAUGAAGUUGGCGUCAGUGUAGCUAGUGGUAACUUUCUUGCAGCCAAGAGGAGAGGAGUCGUUGCUGGUGUUGAUUAUGGGGCAACAGGUGAAGUUAAGAAAGUGGAUGUGGUUCGCAUGCGGGAGAGGCUUGAUGCGGGUUGUAUUGUGCUAUUGAGCAACCUUGGUUAUUCGAGCUCUGGAGAAGUUUUAAAUUGCAAGUAUGGUAGUGGUGCCCGGUCGAUGAUGUUUUAUGCUUUUAUAAAUUUCAGCACGUAUGAAGUUGCAACAGCUUGUUCCUUGGCUAUUGGAGCAGAUAAGCUUAUCUGCAUAAUGGAUGGCCCAAUUCUUGAUGAGAGUGGACGUCUGAUUCGUUUCUUGACUCUUGAAGAAGCAGACAAGUUGAUUCGUCAGCGGGCUAAGCAAAGUGAAAUAGCCGCCAGCUAUGUGAAAGCUGUUGAUGAAGAAAAUCUCCAUUAUCUUGGACAUGAUAGUGGGAAUUUUCUUAACAAAAAGCUUAUUCCAAGGUUUAACAAUGGUGUUGGUUUUGAGAAUGGCAAUGGAUUGUGGUAUGGUGAACAAGGUUUUGCAAUAGGGGGUCAUGAGCGCCAAAGUCGAUUAAGCGGUUACCUUUCAGAAUUGGCUGCUGCAGCCUUUGUUUGCAGGGGAGGUGUUCAAAGAGUUCAUCUGUUAGAUGGCACUAAAGGGGGAGUAUUGUUGUUGGAAUUAUUUAAAAGAGACGGAAUGGGGACUAUGGUGGCAAGUGACGUUUAUGAAGGAACCCGGAUGGCUAGGGUGUCGGACCUCUCUGGAAUAAGACAAAUCAUACAACCUUUAGAAGCAGCUGGCACAUUGGUUACGAGAACUGAUGAAGAGCUACUUGAAGCAUUGGAUUCUUAUGUUGUUGUCGAAAGAGAAGGUCAAAUUAUUGCAUGUGCUGCUCUUUUUCCUUUCCAAGAGGAGAAAUGUGCAGAGGUGGCUGCUAUUGCAGUUUCUCCGGAUUGCCGUGGACAAGGACAGGGAGAUAAAUUACUUGAUUACAUGGAGAAGAAGGCAUCUUCUCAUGGAUUGGAAAAGCUUUUCUUGCUAACAACCCGAACUGCAGAUUGGUUUAAGAGACGUGGAUUUUCUGAAUGUUCAAUUGAAUCAAUACCAGAGAAGCGGAGGGAAAGGAUUAAUCUGUCCCGUAGAUCCAAGUAUUAUAUGAAGCAGCUGUUACCUGAUACUAGCGGAAUUACUGUUGAUAGGGUGUUCUCUUGAGGCUCUCAUAUCCCUGCGGCGUGUUUGUGGGUUAUGAGUUUUUGAGUCCCAAUCCACCAUCUUCCUUUAGGUUCACUUUCAUAGAAACUACGAGUCUACGAGUAUAAUCAAUCAAGUUUCUGAUGAUAAGUAAUUUGAGGAGGUUGCUUGAGUAGAAGUAUAGAAUAAUGUAAGACAUGAAUUAUUCCGAAGAAGUUAUAAAAAGAGAGUUAGAUGUGAUGCA